ACUUGGAUUAGUAUUAUCUUCUUAACAAUAAACAAUAUGGGUCCAAAGGAACUUAUACUAUUGGUUCUAGUAUUGAACCUUGCCAUAAAUGUAGCCUGUGUUCCAAAUGUUAUUCCGGAAUAUGUGUACGAAUUUGGUAAAAAAGGCCGCGGCCUAAAAAUAUAUAGUAAUCAUAGUUGGAUUGGGUGGCUUCGAUUUAAUACACAAGUGAAUAUACCUAGUCCACCAGACACUGAAGUGAGCUACAUCAAAGUUACAGUGAAAGCGAUUAAUCCUCCAAAAGUCGACUACGAUGAAAAAACCAAAACCGUCAGUAUUCAAUACUCACUGGUUGAGUUUUCUGGCAGUACGUACAACAUUUAUGCUGAAGGUAUAAAGUUAUAUUAGAUAUGGAUAAAGAUAUUGUUUAUACAGAAUUUCCAGAUAAUGCCAAAUUCCUCUGUAUUGUAAUUGAAAUUGUACAAUUUGUUUCGGUAAACAAUAAAUCAUAAGUAAAAAAAAGCAUUUUGCUUUCAAUUUAAAUAGCGAAAGCAAAAAGAGCAGCAGGACCCAAAUUUUUUACCAGGUAGUUGUCUAAAGUUAUGUGGAGAGAUUUAAGAGGAAAGAAAAACCAAGGAAAAGGUGGAUGGACUGUGUGAGAGAUGAUAUAGAAAGAAGAAAGAAAGAGAGAUGAUAUAGAAGAAUUCAGGUGAAUGAUGAGGUGAUUAACGAAAUAGAGGCAUGGAGGAAAAAUACAUACUGCGUUGACUCCAAGUGAUGAGAAAAGGGCACGCGAAGGAAAACGCAGAUGAAUGAUGAGAUGAUGGACGAAAUAGAAAUAUGGAGGAAAAACACAUGCUGCGUCGACCCCAAGUAAAGAAAGGCUGUCAAC